AUGCUUUCCAACCCAAACAAGGCGCUCCCAUCAAUUCCGUCGAGCACUGGUCCGCGCGCCUGCAGAGCGCCUAUCGUGACCCCGCAUCUUUCUGCAGAAAGUGCGCAGGGCAUCAGUAAGGCUCUUCCAGCAAUCAGAGUCGAAGAGACACUCUCCCAAGAGGAAAUGGACAACUUGCACGACCAUUGGAACGUGUCUCGACGGUUCGUGAAGGAAACGCACGUGUAUCGCAAGAGACAACUUGGUCAACAUAUGCAGUUUCCCGUAUCGCCGAUAUUCUUGCCCGAUGCCACUGACAGCAUUCCUGCCACACCUCUCUCUGCCUCCAGUCAAUCCACAUCACGAUCCCACAGGUUGUGGGGCUUCUUCAAGGGCAGGAGCACGCCCACGAGUCAGCCAAACCAAAAGAGCGCGAACGUAUUGGAGUCCUUUCGGUGCAAAGCACAGCAAAACCUGCGAAGAAGGGUGAAAAACACUAUCUCCACGCCUGAUAUACGCAGUAAGGCCAGGCGUGCUGUGAAACCUGGAGUGGCAGCCCCGCCCCCCGCAUCCACGUUGUUACCGCAAACCCCUCCCCCCAGAACAGUGGAGGAAUCCGAAGUCUUAACGCAGGAGGAGCUUAUGACGGACAAGAGAGGGAUCUACUUGACGCUCGAUCCGGAUUGGCGGAUCUCCCGUGGCGAGGCACUGCUGAGUUUUCUGUCGCCCAUCCCACAUGACUAUGACCCGUUCAGGCCGGACUCUCCAAUCCUGCACAGGCAUCAAUCCCUUUGCGACCUGGCCAUGUUGGCACCGAAGCCAUCUGGGGAGCCAAACCCUGACAACCAUGAUGAAGCCUACACUUACUCGAUCGACGAAUUGCAUUCCUUUGUCCUGCUGAUGGAUUAA